AUGCUUGAUCUUGUAAAAUUACUUAAUGAAUUUUCUGUGUGUAUUUUUUGGUGUAAAAUUAGUGAAAUUAAAGAUAUAAAUGUUAUACAAUAUAAUUUUACAAGUAAUGGACUUUUGACACAGAGCGAAUAUCUGGAAAUUCAAAAAUAUAGAUUAUUACUUGAUAAAAAAAGAAGUUUAAUAAGUCGGGUACUUUCUAGGUAUUGUAUAAGUGAAUACUCUGGAUUAGAACCAUCGAAAGUUAAUAUAUAUAGAACUCAUGGCAAAAAACCAAGAUGGGAUAUUUCUAAGGGAGAGCUAUCAAGAAUACCAAAUCAUAAACAUCUAAUUUAUAGUAAUACAGAAGAAGAUAUGGGAACAUAUUUAAAUUUCAAUAUGUCACAUGAUGAAGAAGUUGUUGUAGUGGCAGUUUCUAAAUAUAUUGUAGGUAUAGAUAUAAUGAAAUCAUGUAUACCUAGUCGUAUAAUAAAUCAAGUAAAAGAAUCAAGUACUAAUUUAAAAGACAUUGAAAUUAAGGGUAGAGAAAAACUUUUUAGUAAUCUUCAUAAUGUCUUUGAUAAAUCUGAGUGGAAAUAUAUAGAUAAGGAUGUAAAAAAAUUUAUGGAUCUUUGGACAUUAAAAGAAUGUUUUGUAAAAUGUAUUGGUGCUGGGUUACAAAUUGAACCAAAAAGACUUCACUUAGAAAUUAAAAAGUCUGAAAAUAAUGUUUCUGAAGCUCCAGUAAAAAAAUUUGAUAUUUAUCUAGAUGGUUUAUUACAGCCUUGUUCUAUAUUUAAUUUAAAUGAUAUAAUAGAUUAUAGUUUAUCUUUAUGUAUAUCAUCAAAAAGUCUGGUUGGUAAAUUUGGAAUGAUUGAUGAUACAGAUAAUUUAAUAUCUAAAGCAAGUCCAUCAAAUAUUAAUAUAUCAAAUGUAAGUGAAUAG